CUUCUUUCAAUUUUCAAGUUCAGCGAGUCUCAGGUGAACGAACCGAGCUCUUUCAUAUUCUCAAUCAAUCAUAUCCACCGGGUUUGCAUUUUUUUCCCCACCGUUAUUCGAGUUCUUUGAUUGCUGGCUCGCACCCACUGCAAAUCCAUUCUCCCUGAAGAAAUUCACUUUCGCCUCGAUUCAUCACCUGCAGACGGUGUCCUACGAUAAAAUGGACUCUUCACCAGGCUCGGGCGCUCCCAAGGCUCGCACGUCAAACCUUGCUGAAGGAGACAAGAACGGCGCUAUUCCCCCUUCUGGUCCCACCGCACAGCACAAUGGAUUCGCCCCAGGAGCUGAUCAACAGCACCAGUCUGGUCCGGCCAGCAAGCGCAAGCGUAUGCAGGAACGGCACCAGGCUCGCAGACGCGGCCGCACACCUCCUCCCUCGAUUUACUCUAGACGCAAUCGAUCCCGCAGCCCUAGCAAUGCCACACCACGCGAUGACUACUCGAGACGCUCGCGUUCCCCAUUACCGCGUCGCUCGCCAGAGCCCGAGGAACAGCCUAAACAGCGCAAGCGACCUGGCGGUGGUGCGCGAGCGGGCCUGCUAAACCCCGAACAAUUGCGGCGACGACAGGAGGAGCGCGAGCGUGCGAUGGAGGAGGAUGCAAUGCGGACAUCACGAGAUCGGGGCGUGUCCGACGUGGUCAGACAGCACUACAAUGCCGUACCUGAGCGUGGCCGCGAGUGGCGCAAAACUGAGAGUAAGAUCAAGGGGCUGCGCAGUUUCAACAAUUGGGUGAAGAGCACGUUGAUCCAGAAAUUUUCGCCCGAUGAGGAGUUUGCUGCACGCUUCAACGAUACCAAGGAAUGGGCUGAUGAUAGCAUGCGCCCGAAUGCGGUCGAGGAAAAGCAGCUCCUUGUCUUAGACUUGGGGUGUGGCAAGGGUGGUGACUUGGGCAAGUGGCAGCUUGCCCCGCAAAAGGUGGAACUAUACGUUGGACUCGACCCGGCCAAUAUCUCCAUUGAACAAGCACGGGAUCGAUAUGGUCAGAUGCGAUCUCGUGGUGGAGGUGGCCGUGGCCGCCGGCCACCACCUCAUCUGUUUCACGCCGAAUUUGCGACCAAGGAUUGCUUCGGCGAGUCCCUGGCUGACGUGGACAUCAUCCAGCGCGUCGGCAUUGACCCCAAUGCCGGGCCUGGUGGCUCUCUGAUGGCGUCGCGAUGGAGUGGUGGUGGUGGAUUUGACGUUGUCACUUCCAUGUUUGCUAUCCACUAUGCCUUUGAAAGUGAGGAGAAGGCUCGUCAAAUGCUCACCAACGUUGCUGGCUGUCUGAAGAAGGGUGGUCGUUUCAUUGGCGUGUGCCCGAACUCGGACGUGAUCACCAGCAAAGUCAGUGCUUUCCACAAGAAGCGCAAGGAGCAGGAAGCCACCAAGCCGGCUGAAACCGAAGGCCCCGAGGAUGGCGAGGUCGAAGAGGAGGAACGGUGUGGAUGGGGCAAUGAUAUCUACAGUGUUCGCUUCCCUGGUGAUACUCCUGAGAAUGGCAUCUUCCGUCCGCCCUUUGGAUGGAAGUAUACGUACUUUAUGUCAGAGGCGGUUGAGGGUGUUCCCGAAUACGUUGUUCCUUGGGAGGCCUUCCGAGCCUUGACCGAGGAUUACAAUUUGGAGCUACAGUACCGCAAGCCGUUCCUCGAGAUCUGGGAAGAUGAGAAGAACGAUCGCGAGUUGGGCCCGCUCAGUGAGCGCAUGGGAGUGCGGGACCGCAAUACUGGAGAACUGCUGAUGACGGAGGAGGAGAAGGAUGCAGUUAGUAAGUGCUUGGAUCCCACACGGCGUAGGUCAUUGCUAACCUUUGGCAGGUUUCUAUCAUGCUUUCUGUUUCUACAAGGUCUAAAACUGUAUCUAUCUCAAUCGCCUAUGCAUAUUCUAGCGACACUACUUUAAGAAAAACAGAUAAUGAAAGUAAUGCUCCGUCACCGGCUGUGCUGAGUCUCGAAAGAGAUUCCGGCUGUAAUACCA